AUGGUGGCCUCUAAGAAGCAGAAGAAGGCGAUGGAGAGCAUCAAUUCUCGUCUUGCCUUAGUAAUGAAGAGCGGCAAGUACACUCUUGGAAUUAAGUCUACUCUGAAAACUCUUCGCUCUGGAAAGGCCAAGCUGGUCAUUCUUGCAAGUAACACACCACCACUUCGCAAGUCGGAGAUCGAGUACUACGCUAUGCUGGCGAAAACUGGAGUUCAUCAUUAUACUGGAAACAAUACCGAUCUCGGAACUGCUUGUGGAAAGUACUUCAGAGUUGGAUGUCUGUCUAUCACCGACCCUGGAGAUUCUGAUAUCAUCCGCUCAUUGCCUGGCCAAGAAGCUGCUCAGUCGUGA